AUGAGUGCCGCGCUACUAGCCAAACUUACUCCCGAGAAUCUCGAAAGAACUCUCCGAUGCUCGGACAAGAUUAAACUUCGGAUUAAUAAAGACAACCGAUCUUUAUCAGAAGUCACGCUGACUGAAAGAAUCGAGAGAGUAGCCCAGAUGCCCUCAGAAUUGCUCUCGUCUGGUGAAAACGCAGAACGCUUGAAGAGUAUUUCCAAAAGGAUAGGAGCAUUGAAUUAUCUCUACAAGCCGGAUGUGGGAAUCGAGCAAAUUAAGGGACAAUGGUUUCGUCCUAGAAAAGGCAAGAAACAAGGUGGCCUUGUUCAGCGCGAUCCGUCUACUGCCAAGAGCAUCGUCGACAACUUCGGAAGUUUUUUCAACUACUUGAUCCUUUCCUAUCCGCUUGUCGUUACCCGCGGAGACAAAAGCGAAGUCAAAGAGGCCCAGAAACGGCUCGAGUCGCAUCUUCUCCAGCUGCUCGAAAAGUACCUUCAAUUGACUUUAAGUCGCGACUUUGGCAUUGUUCCUGUCAUCGACAUCGUCUACAACUCGUUUAGCUUCAUCCCCUGUUUGGUAGACGAGGAUUUUCUUUCGUCUGCGAUCAGGACGCACUUCAGCGACAAAUACGAAAUCGUAGAAGGAUACAUCCAAACGAAAGACGGAACGCACGGGAUUCAGAACAACAUUGAGAGCAUCAGGGUCGAUUCUUUCAUCAAGAAGAGCCAGGUUCCAGAAGUGAUGAAGGCGCAAAAGACAAUAAAAACAGAAGAAGUCACCAGCAUCGAAGCCGAAUUGCUGGCGGAAAAGGACAAAAAGUAUUUAGUAAGCGAAACAAAUCAAGACUUCGAGUUCAAAGAGAGCAAAGAAGAAUUAGACUUGGCGAUUCAGAAAACUGAGCAAAUGGAAAUCGAGGACGACGGCUUCUUUCUUGGUGGAGGAGGCGGUGAUCUCAUUCCAGGCGUAGAUGAUGAGCCGAAAGUUUCUAUCGAAGCGGUCAAAGAGCGAAACAGAUCAGUUGAUGUUACUGUGGCGAGCCUUGCGGACGAAUUCAAACGAACAUGGGCUGAAAAGAAUGACGAAGACGGGUACUUCCUGGACAGUUUGAUUGAAGACGUAAAAUCUCAGAAAUCCGAAGACGAAGUGCACAUAUUCCAGACAACGCUGAAGAAAGAACUGUGCGAAUACUUCGAAAUGUGCAUCAAAGCCCAAGAAAAAUAUCCAUUAAAAAUGCGAAAACUUUGCGAGGAAAUUUUCUCAACGUUUCCAAGUCAGCUGGAAGAAGUGGUUCCGAGGAACAAGUUCUUUAUGCGAAAGGACCACUUCGAGCUUUUGAUUCAGGAAACGAUCGAAGUUAAAACUGAGCUGAGCUUGAGAACAGAUUGGGAAAGAAACGAAUUCAUCAUUAGAAAAGUGGAUCCCUCUGGUAGAGCCAUGGGAACGGUGAAAAUCGAAAAAGACGCAAAGUUUACGCCCUUUUCAAAAAUGAAGAAGCAGCUGGAAUUUGUAGAAGUUCGAGAAUACAUUCCCCCAGUAAAGUCUCGCGACUCUCGCAAACUCGCGGAAAUUGUUGCCUGUUCGAUCGAGCACAGGUUUUCUGAGCCAUCAACGCGGAACGAUCCUGUUUCCAUAGGACUGCACAAGUUCGACGAAGAACCCGCUGACGAUUCUCUUCUUGCUUAUAUUCACGAGUAUAUUCGUAGAUCGCCGAAUGCAAACGAGUUCAAAAGCUACGAGAUCGAAGCCGCCUUUUGGAAGAUCAUGCUCAAUCACCCGGAAGAUCCUCCGAUGAAUUUGUCCUGGUUUCUGAUGCCGUUUCAAAUGAACGAUCCAGAGGACCCCGAGGAGCGGCCCCGGCCGUGUUCGGGCAUACUAUGGGUCCAAUACUUGCACAACAAACACGAAGAGUGGUCAAAGAACGAAAUAAGGAACUGGGAAAGAGAUUGCUUGCUUCCAAACCAACUCUGUUUGUACGAAAUCAUCAGAAAGAAGAUGAAAGAACUGAUCAAGCCGAAUCGAGGGCUGCGAAUCGAGGACCUCGCCACGGAAAUGUACCACAAUAGCGAAGUCAGGGACGAACUGAGGCCGAUGGCAGAGCAGGAAGACGGAAACUUUCGCACCGUUGAGCUCGACAAAGCGACAAAGACGUCGCUCGUCGAGAAGACGGUUCUCAUCGUCGCCACGCAAUGCAGCGAGUCCUUCAAGUUUGAUAAAAAUGUCGUCUAUAGAGUGACGGAAAAACGAAAGCGCGAGGCCUCUCCGAACGGCCCGCCCUCCAAAAACGUCAAAAACGUCAACACGAUACUGAGCAACUUGAACAACUUCAAUCUGAAAUUCGACGACGACGCAGCCAACGUUCUUAUCCAGAACUAUUUGAAGAAGAAAGGCAAAGAUCUGAAAGUCGAGGCCGAAGAAGAGCGGCCGACGAUAAACAAGGAUCUCGAUUCAUUCUUCAGAGCGGGCUUUCGAUCCUCAAUGGCCAAACAGGGCUUCUUUAGAGCGAUCGGAUGGACGAUUCUGGCGGAAAUUGUGUUUAUGCGAACUGGAGGGCCCAAGAAUCCGCCGAUUAGCCUGAGCGAUCUGGUGCGCUUGUAUCCUGGCUAUAGAGCGAGUACGAUCAGAGAACUCAGCCAGGAAAUAUCGGGAAGGCAAAGCUCGUUGAUUCCGCAAUGGACGAUCGGCUCAAUUAACCAAGAAGUGUUCGAGUUGGAAAAAGCGAGCAUCUUAGAUGUUCAGUACGAAUACAUCGCCGGCGAGAUCGUAAAAAGUGUCCAGAUCAGAAUGGACGAAAACAAGUUCCGUCGACUGAUGAACGAAAUCACCUCAAACAUCGAACGACGAGCUAAAAAGUAA